GCGCGAAACUGUAGAAUCGUGCGUGCGGGCACUUUCUUUCAGUCAUUGCUUCGCUCUUACUUUGGUUACAUUUACCUGUUCCCUUAUUUAACUUUUGUCCAACGUUUGAUUUACAUUCAAUUGCCGUUUAACUAACGCAGAGCGUGGAACUACAACUCGCCGAGGCAAUAUUGUUGCUUCAAAUGCUCAUUCAUUGCACUAGUGGCGCCAAAACUUGAACAAAUCAAAACAAGCACAACAUACAAUAAUAAUAAUAAACAAUUUCUUAUGCUAUAUAUAUGUGCUUAUGUGCUUCCACCACCAUCCCCGCUCCAUUUGAUUCCCAAUUCCAAUUUGAAAGGCGACAGAUUCUUCUGGUCCAACCGUGCGUGGCAAUAACUCAUGGCCGCUAGCAAAUUUUCAACAGCGACGUUAACAACGAGCCUCAAGCAUCAAACACCAUUUGAUGGCAUUUGUGCAAAAAUCUCUGCGUUCUAUUUUGACUUAGAUAACACGCUAAUCCCAACGCGGGCCGGUGAUUCCAAAGCGAUACGCAAGCUUGCCGAGGUGCUGGAGACGCAGUAUUGUUUAACCAAAGAUGAUGCCACUUUGGCCACACAGACAUUUUUAAAGUCCUUUCGUCGCUGUCCGGACAAUACGCAAACAUCGCUGGACUCGUGGCGGACGCACUUGUGGCGCGAAUCCUUGCAGUCGAAGCAUAAACAUCUUGCCGAGCAAAUCUAUCCGCAGUGGCUAAAAUUGCGUUACCGUUACUUAGCCAUACCGCCCGACUAUGUACAACUAUUGCAGCGUAUGCGACGCGCCGGCUAUGCCCUGGCAAUCAUCACAAAUGGGCCGUCGAAUGCACAGUGGGAGAAGGUCGCCAAGUUGCAUGUGCGGGGCUAUUUCGAUUGCAUUCUGGUCUCCUCAGAUCUGCCUUGGGAGAAGCCACAUCCGGAGAUCUUUUACGAAGCCUGCAAUUUCCUGCAUGUUAAACCGCAAGAGUGCGCCAUGAUUGGCGAUAAACUCGAGACGGACAUCAAGGGCGGUCAUCUCGCCCAGCUGGGUCUGACAUUUUGGACGCCGUUGAACAGCAGCGCAGCGUCGCAGUGUUUGGACGAUGUGGCAUACAAGCCGCACAUAAAGCUCAACAGUCUGCUGGAGAUUUACAAAUAUUUUCCGCGACUCAAUGCAGUAGCUGCACCAAUUGCGGCACCACAGCAUCAUGCCACAUCGACAUCGAGUCGUCGCAGCAGCCACAUCAGCUCCACAAUUAUCUCAAGCAACAGCAUCAGCAGCAGCAGUAACAAUCGGGGAUCGAGUGAUGCGUAUCGGCGUCAAUGUGCUUAUAGACGAGGUGGAUCUUUGCCAGCGAUGGAUUGCUCCAAUAGCGAGGCGGAGAACAGCUGCGAUAGUAUACUUUAAGACAUUUUUGGGACAAAUGGGGACAAAGCCCCGAAAGAAGUUGAAGACGAAGAAGAUGGAAACAGAAACGGAAACGGAAACAAAUACAAAGUAAAUGAUGUACCUUCAGUUUACAAAACCAAUACACAGAGACACCAAUACACACGCACACAGCAACAGACAGCGAGAGAGAGAGAGAGAGAAGAGAGAGAGAGAAGCUAAUUCAAAUAUAACGUCUGCAGGAAUUAUAAAGUUCAACAAUAGAUUUGAAUAUUGAACGCGACUUUCGCAAAUCUGCCAUAAAAGAAUAUUACUAAAAUAUUUUUAAGAUAACUACGGCUAUAUACAAUAUAUAUAGCUAAUAUGUAUUUUUCUAAAGACAAAAACAAAAAACAUAAUGAACAGCUAUCUUAAGCACACCGAAGAUUAUAUAUACCCUUGCAUACCCGAUUAGGAGUAUAGUCGAUCCUUUAACACACUUUCACAACACAAUUAUAAUAUCCUCUGCAAGAGUAUAAGAAACCAAAAAUGUAAAACAGAUCAAAUACACAUAUAUGUGAAUAAAAUAUAUAAAAUGCAUGUACCUUAAAUAUUAAAUAAUAUACAUGGUAUCUAUAAGGUACACAUACAUAAAUAUGCUGCACCAGUUUUUUGUAAGCCAGUUUAGAAAAGGGCGCAGCAAUACCCAAGAGCAUAACAAACUCGAAACCUUUUUACGAAACAAAUUGUUAACUAUUGUCGUAGGAACCGUAGAAUAGUACAUAUAUGCAUGUCUCUCUAUAUUAUAUAUAUAUAUAUAUAUAUAUAUAUAUAUAUAUUGUUGUAUUUGUUAGCCGCAUUGUUUUUUAUUUUUAU